AUGGCUUCCCUGAAUGACGGAGUUUUGCCUUUGGAGGCAGACGCGUUGAAUCGACAAAAUGAUGAACUCAAUGGUCGACAAUCACAGGGCAGUUUAAUGAAGGCGUCCAUGGGAACAGAAUGGUUUAGGUUUUUCGGAGGUGGACAAAAAAAGGUUACACGAGAUGGUCAACCAGCAAAACGACGGGGCCCAAAGCCGGAUAGCAAGCCGGCUCUUACCAGGCGUCAGGAAUUGAAUCGUCAGGCGCAAAGGACACAUCGCGAACGCAAGGAACAGUACAUGCGAGGGCUAGAGACUGAAGUCUCGCGAUUACGAGAGGCCUACACACAAGAGAUAUCCGCGGCGAAUUUGACUGUCCACCAACAUCGAGAGAUGGUCCGGUCAUUAUCGGAGGAGAACAACAUAUUGAAAGAAAUUCUAGCCGCACAUGGCAUCAACUAUGAGGCGGAAGUGGAACGUCGCAAGGCGGAACGCACAAGUCCAACAAACGCAACAUAUCAGUCUAGUCCUUUUGCCAGCAGUAGUGUUGGAUCACAGCCUGCAGCUGUCGCGCAGUCAGCUCCAUCAACUCAGCACGCUUACACGACGCCACCCACGACCAUCUCAGCCCCAUCUUCUAGCUUAAGCCCGAUUGUAAACGGGAUAGAGCACAUCGACGUCUCACCAACCCAAGAGUUAUCACCUCAACAAAAUUACAAUGCUGCUCCCUGCGAUGCUUUGGCCACUCUUGACCGGAUAGCACCAGCAAGUCGUCAGCCUAAUCAGCCAGCGGGUAUAUUUGAGAACGAUCCGCAGCUGCAAAUCGACUUUAUCUUGACGUUGGAAUCACCAUGUCGCGAACACACCGACUAUCUCUGUCGAAGAUCUAUUACGGAGGCCGAUGACGAAGAUAUGCCUUUCUCCGGACACGCAUUAAUGGCCUCCUGUCCGCCGCCCAGUUAUAUUGCCAACACAACCCAUGAACAAGCCUACCCACACCAGACAUAUGAUCUUCCACAUGCCAAUCUGACAACACUGCUCAACCUGAGUCGACAGCUUGUGACUGAUGGCCAAAUCACACCAAUCAUGGCCCUUCAAUGUUUGAAAAACCAUGAAAUGUAUCGCUCGCUGACCAGAGAUGACAUAAGGAUUAUAAUCGACACGCUCAACACUAAAGUCAGGUGUUAUGGAUUUGGAGCUGUGGUGGAAGACUUCGAGCUCAUGGACUGCCUGAGCAGUGUCAUCGGGUCCAGGGUCGAGUUGGGUUUCUCCCGCGCUGGAGACGAGACGCUGUAUUCAUGA